AAUACACUUAAACCAGACCUGAACGAUCAAUAAUAGCAUAAUAGAUUCACCAGAGAUGUUCAGACCUGUUAUUCGUUCAGUAGUUUCCAAGAGAUUAUUCUCUAUGACUCCAGCUAGAAACAACUUAGUUUCAGAGUUAUACAUUUCCCAAAUCAAAGCAUUCAAACCAACUGCCAUUUCUCCAAAGGAAUUAGAAACUGCUGUUAAAGCUUUCCAAUUACCUCCAAAGGCUACUAUUCCAGCUUCUGAAUUACCAACUGAAGCCGUUGCUGAAUAUGAAUCUAGUGAAGUUGAAACUGAAACUGUUUCUGCUUCUGGUUCAUCUGUCGGAGCUGAAGAAGACUGGUUCGUUUUCGAAGAAGAAGAUGAACACCACUAGAUUAUAUACUCAUAAUUAGAAUAUUGCUGCAUUACCAUCCCAAUUUAUCUACCAUCUCCCCCCCCCUUAUGUUGAUAACUAAUGAAAAUACAUCUUCAUGUCUUCUAUUAUAUAAUUAAUUCAUUUACAAUUCUUGUUGAUGUUUUGAUCCUUAUUUACAUUAUAUAUUUUUUACCAAAAAAUACAAAAAUUACGCUUUAAUCUAU